AUGUAUCUUAUUUGGGACCGUCCAGGGGAUUGUUCCGUCGAAUCCGUUGGGAUGCAGCAAAGCUAUAGCUGUCAUAGCAAGACGUUGUCUCUAUUUGGAUUAGUCGAACGGGAGCCUUCGUCUGUUGGUGGCGCUAGCGUUAAGCCAGUAGCAGCACCGUUUCGUACUCGUAUCAGCAGCACAGCAGAAAGGAUGCGCCCACCCACCCAUCUGCAGCAGAGCCCCUGUUUUCUUUGGAAUCAUUGCGAAUCUGGAUUGCAAAUCCACAUUACCGUAGCAGCAUUGGCGGCUGCCGCGAUAUAUUCAAUCCAGCGCCAAGCACUUUAA